AUGGUCGCCCAACUGUCUGAAAUCGCCAACAAGUCGUUCGACUAUGUGAUCCUGGGCGGAGGCACCGCUGGUUUGACCGUUGCUGGAAGACUCGUCCAAAACACCGACAAGAGUGUGCUGGUCCUUGAGGCUGGUGAAGCCAACCUUGAUGAUCCGAAGAUUCUCCUGGGCGGAGCAACUUGGGGCGCAAACUUCGGAAAUCCCAAGUAUGAUUGGGCCUUCAAGACCACUCCUCAGAAGUACUCUAAUGACCGUGAGCUCAUCUGGAAUCGCGGGAAGGGGCUCGGGGGUAGCUCCGCCAUUAACUUCUGCGCAUGGAUCAAGCCCCCGGCAGCGGAUAUCGACGCAUGGGAGGAACUCGGCAACCCGGGUUGGAACUGGAAGGCGUAUCAGAAGUACACGAUGCGUACAGAAGAGUUCACGGCAGCGACUGAGGAACAACUUAAGGAGUACGCCUUCACCCACAAUAUCGAGUACCGUGGUACCAGCGGGCCGCUUAAGACCACUGUCCCAUUGACGUCCCUCCCUGCGAACAAGAUCUUCCUGGAGGCACUGCAGAAACAGGGUCUCCGGCUCUUGCAUGAUCCUUAUGGUGGCGAUGUCACUGGUUGCUAUGAGGCAUCAGCAAACCUUGACCGCAAGACACAAUGGAUGCGCUCGUACGCUGCGACGGCGUAUUACCUUCCGCUCAAGAACAAACCCAACUACACGGUCCUCACGGAAGCGACCGUCGCGCGGGUCCUUUUCAGCGAGGGCAAGCCUGGCGAAGACCUCGUUGCCACCGGUGUCGAGUUCAUACACGGUGGCAAGCUUCACAAGGUUCACGCGAAGCAAGAGGUCGUCAUCACCGCAGGGGCGCUCAAAUCGCCGCAGAUCCUCGAGCUAUCCGGGAUUGGCCGCCGCGAUGUGCUUGAUAAGAUCGGCGUUCCCAUCAAGGUGGAGCUGCCGGGUGUUGGGGAGAAUGUCCAGGACCACACUUUCAUUGGCCUCUCAUACGAGCUGGACUCAAAGAUUGCACAUAAGACCGCCGACGUACUGCGGGACCCCGAGGUCGCUAAGGAGCACGCACGACUUCACGUAGCGGGAGACGAGAGCUUGUACCGUCUAGGUAUCACCGCGUUCUCAUACUUUCCUCUGCAGCUCGGUAGUCCGAACGCCACGGAUGCGAUCGUGAAUGAAGUGACUAAAUACAUCAACGAUAAGAAGAAGAGCGAAAAGCUGCCUCCGGGGCUCGCAGAGCAGUACGACAUCCAGCUGCGCAUACUCAAGGACAAAACCCUCCCGGAGAUGGAAUUAAUUGCCGUGCCCACAUACAUGACGUUCAAAUCGGCGCCGGAGAGCGGCAAAGCAUACUUGAGUGUCUUGGCUGUGCUUCAGCAUCCAUUCUCAAGGGGUGUCGUGCACGCUAAAAGCAAGGAUCCUUUAGAACACCCUGAGAUCGAUCCGCAUCUUUUUGAAUGCUCACAGGACCUCGAUAUCUUCGCGGAAAACUUCAAGUUUGCGAGACUCGUGGCAAACACAGAGCCUUUCAAGUCUGGCUUCGUGCGUGAGAUGGACCCUGGCCCGGAGGUACAGACGGACGAACAGAUCAAAGAGUACCUCAAGAACUUCAGUAGCACGUGUUACCAUGCUUGCGGCAGCGCGAGCAUGCUUCCGCGAGAGAAGAACGGUGUCGUCGACUCUGAGCUCAGGGUAUACGGCACGAAGAACCUUCGUGUUGCCGACCUCUCCAUUGCGCCACUAGAAGUUGCUGCACAUACCCAAGCGACUGUGUACGGCAUCGCUGAACAGAUGGCGGACAUUCUGCUUGACUCUGCUUGA